AUGCCACUAGACGAGGAGGGAGCCAAGUGGUCGUGUGAACCAUGCGUUCGGGGCCAUAGAUCAUCAAAAUGCCAACAUUUCGAUCGCCUGAUGAUGAAAGUGCCCAAGGCCGGUCGACCUCUCGCGAAAUGCCCUCAUCCUAAAGGCACCUGUAGUUGUCAGAAGCUAUAUGCGUUCAUGGUCAGAAUUCCGAAGGGUUCAACAUGUUUAUGUCGGCCCCUUUAUCAAGUUCCCAUGGUGGUGACAGAGGCCGGACCAUCAGAACAACCGGCGUCUGUCCCUCCAGUUUCAAUAGUCCCCACAAUAUCUGGUCGAAACCGUCCUCAAAAACGUUCACGACGCCAGAGCAGCCUCCAAACUGCUCCGGAAUUAGUCACAAAGAGCUCAAGUCAGACUGACCCUACAUGUAACGGGAAGAAUGGAGCCAUGGAUCAUGGGGCCAACCCUACUACAUCGAGUGUACAAGCGCCAAGCGAUGAACAGUAUUUGGAACCUCUUCCACGUUCAACUGAAUUUCCUCUACACCAGACACCAAGUGGUGGCUUCAACCCCCAUAGGGCUUAUCCAACCCAGUCGCAAUGUCAACCCCUUACAAAUAGAACAGGGGUUCAAUCCUCCACCAACGGCGGGUGCUGCGGCGCUCAAACCACCAAUGAAUCUUCAACUAAAUCGCACCAAUCAUCUGGUUCUUCUAAAAGCUUAAAGCUAUGGCAAUACAACGAUACUACUCCUCAAUUCAAGCUGGAGGAGACCUCACCUUCUGAUCGACCAGUCGCGCAAAGCUCUGUCCACUUCGCACCUCAUUACCGUUCGGGCAGCGAGCGCCGCCCAUUUUCAACGAUCGAUGUCGAAAAACGUGACCACAAUCCAGACGAUAGCCCACCCAAUUUUCCACAUAGGAAUUCGUUUGCCAACUCCCGAUUGCAUGAGACCUCUUCUGUUCCUGUGACGGGCUAUUCGUCACCGAAUACUAUGAGUCCCUAUCGUUCAACAAUCCAUCCAAUUGGUGAUUUCCCUUGUUCGGGAAUGAAUGAUUUUGGAUUUCAAACGAAUCACAUUCCAGAUGACUCUCACCCACAUAACUGUGAUUGUGGGGAAGACUGUCAAUGUUUGGGCUGUGCUUCUCAUCCCUACAACAACACCACCCGACAAUAUAUCCAGCAAAUGGGCUGUAUGAUUACGUCUAGAGGCCCUGAUCAGAAUCCUGAAUCAAAAGAUAACGUCAGACCACCCUUUGAUAACCACGUGGCACAUAAUACACAUUUUAACUACGGUCAUGGUUGGCCACCAAAUAACUUUCCCUUCCACCUCCCGGAUUGGAACGGGUCACAUCCAGGUCCAUCAUUCAACAAUCCCAGUUCCUCUGCAGCGGCUCCAGCAGUCUAUGACCCUAAUCGAGAUCAAGUGAUGAUGCAACCCGCCGCGUAUUACGAGCUAGAAUACCCAGUUGGCAUGUUAGACUCUUGCACAAAUACCGCGGGUACCUGUCACUGUGGAGUCAAUUGUAGCUGUGUUGGCUGCUUAACUCACAAUGGACAUGAUGGAAUUCCCCUUGAGCUCUCCCAACCCCAGGAUAGCCAAGCAGAACGAGGCUCCGCAGCCACGGAAACCUCAAGCUCUACUCCUGAUCACACUAGCCAGCCGGCAGUCUAUACGAGCUCCUUCGGCUUAGCGCCUCCCACUCAAAGCCCGAUACCUAUCGCGCCGACGUCGCAACUAUAG